AUGGAUUGCAGCAAAUUGGCAGAAGAUCGGACCCCUGAGUUAGGAAUGGAGUUCAACAGUGAAGAGGACGCGUACAAGUUUUACAACAAGUACGCCUUUAAAAUGGGUUUUAGUGUACGUAAAGACUAUGUGAAUAAAGACAAAGACGGCGUGACCAUGUCUAGGAGAUAUAGUUGCUGCAAGGAAGGGGUGAAGCGCAAGUACGAAGGUGAUGUGAUGCCAAAGAGGACAAGAGCGCCGACGAAAACAGGGUGUGGAGCUAAAAUGAUUAUCGUGUUGCUUAGUGCCACAAUGAAGUACCGUGUGCAUGACCUUGUCUUAGAGCAUAACCAUGAGUUGCACAUUGCUCAAUGCUCGCACAUGAUGCCAUCACAAAGAAAAGUGAGCGAGGCUCAAGGAUUCCAAGCUGAAAUAAGCGAGGACGCUGGGCUUUCAUUGAAGCAGAGCCAUGAGCUUAUGGGAAAUGAGGCAGCUGGGAUGGAAAAUGUGGGAUAUACUCGGGAAGACCUGAAACGAUAUCUUCGUACUCGACGGGAAAGGAGUUUGAAAUAUGGAGAAGCAGGUAGCAUGCUGAAUUAUUUUCAAGAGCAAACACUCGAGAAUCCAUCAUUUUUUCAUGCUGUACAGCUGGAUUGUGAAGAGCAGAUAACGAAUAUUUUUUGGGCAGAUGCAGGAAUGUUAAUUGACUACAACUUUUUUGGAGACGUAGUCACAUUCGACACAACGUACAAAACAAAUAAAGAAUACCGGUCACUUGGAGUAUUUGUGGGUUUUAACCAACAUAGGCAAAUUGUGAUAUUCGGUGCUGCCCUUAUGUAUGAUGAGACUAUAGAUUCUUUCAAAUGGGUAUUUGGUACAUUUCUAGAAGCAAUGUGCGGAAAGCGUCCAAGUACCAUACUAACAGACCAAGAUCACGCCAUGGCAGCCGCUCUAUCAGUUGUCAUGCCUGAAACAUUUCACGGUCUAUGUACGUUUCACAUAAGGCGCAAUUUUAUGAAACAUCUUGGCAAUCACUACAAGGAAAAUAGUGAUCUGCCAUACAUGUUUGGUGCCUGCAUGUAUGAGUUUGAAGAAGUGGAACAAUUCAAUAGGGUCUGGGAAGCGAUGGUGAAGAAACACAAUCUUGAAAAUAAUGAAUGGCUCUCCGGAUUGUAUCGAAUUCGUGACAAAUGGGCAAGAUGCAUGAUGAAAGAAAGAUGGACAGCGGGAAUGCGAAGCACCCAACUGAGUGAAAGCCUAAAUGCAGCAAUAAAAAAUCAUUUAAAACUGGAUCAUGAUCUUGUGCAGUUCUUUAGACAUUUCAAUCGGGUGGUUGAUGAAAAGAGACACAAUGAACUGAUCGCAGAAUAUGAAAUGAGGCAAAAGCUCCCCAUGGUAGGGUUAAGGCAAACACCUAUGUUUGUGCAUGCAUCAGAGACGUAUUCACCAACCAUAUUUGUUGCAUUCCAAAAUGAGUAUGGUGAAUCAACAGCUAUGGUUAUAUUGAGACAACAAGAUGCAGGGAUGUUUGUGGAGUUUACGGUCAUGAGGUAUGAUGGAGGAGUUGAAAGAAUAGUGGUAUUCAAUCGGAAUGAUGUAAGUGUACGUUGUAGUUGCAAAAAAUACGAGAAUGAAGGCAUUUUGUGUGGGCACGCGUUGAAGGUGUUUGAUACCGUGGGUAUAAAAAUAAUUCCUCCUGAAUACGUUAAGAGGCGAUGGACAAAAAGAGCCCGGGCUGGAGACUGUUUUGAUCGGCAAGGACGGGAAAUUGUGGCUGAUCCAAAAGUAAUAGUUUCAACUCGUUAUCGGGAGCUCGCUCCAGCCAUGAUUAAGGUCGCAGCUCGAGCAGCAAUGUCGGAGGACACCAGCAAAAUAGUAAUCACUGUGAUAUCCGAUUUGGCAAAGAAAGUGGAGCUGCUCCUCUCAGAAAACGAAGGGCAACCUUUGCAAAAUCCAAAAAUUUUGAAUGUGGAGGAACGUGAUAAAAUUGAAAUUGUCUCAGAAUCAGAGCCGACGUCGGUUUCAGUUGAGGAACACAUGUUUAUGGGAUGCCGUUCAUUUACUGACUCUGUUUCGGUGCAUUCAAUGAGCCAGACUGUGAACGGCCCUCCAAACGCGGUUGCUCCCGAAAUCGAUGAAAGUGAGACGGUCCUCCGUUUGGCUAAUCAGGGGCCUCCUGGAAGUGUCCCUACAGAAUGGAUGCAUCCCCAAUUUUCUAUUUUUUUCAAGCAUAACUCCGUCAGAAAUAUCUUAAUGGAGGAGCGUGUGACAAUUUCAACACAUUGUGAUGUUGAUCAAUAUCAUGUAUUUACACCAUCAUCCCAAGGAAGAAAUAACACCCAGGGAUUGCAAGUACGUGUUGACGUAGCCUCCGCCGAGAAUGAGGUUAAUGAAUGA